AUGAAGCAUUUCACCCCCGCCCUGGCUUUCGCUAGCAUCAUCACCUUGGUCAAUGGCCAUGGUUUUGUCAGCAGCCCCAAAGCCCGACAGCCCGGCACAGCAAUGGAAGCCGCCUGUGGCAAGCAGGUCGUGUCCAAUCAAGACUCUGACAAGUACGGCAACAUCCAAGGCGAGCUGCAAAUUGCCUCUAGUCAAAACGACUACGAGGCCGCCGCAUGCGAUAUCUGGCUUUGCAAGGGCUACAAGUUCGCCGACAACAAGGAUAACGUCUACUCGUACAAGGCAGGACAGAAGGUUGACUUCACCGUCGACAUUCGUGCUCCACACACCGGCGUCGCUAAUGUCUCUGUUGUUGACACUUCGUCCAACACUGUUAUCGGUGCCCCACUGAUCUCCUGGCCUGUCUAUGCAUCCGUCGCCACCGGCGUCAAAGCCGAUGAGACCAGCUUCAGCGUCACUAUGCCCGAUGAUCUCGAAGACCAGUGUGUCACCGCUGGUGACUGUGUGCUGCAGUGGUACUGGUACGCACAGUCAAUCGACCAGACCUACGAGUCAUGUAUCGACUUUACCCUCGGUGGAUCUGGCUCUGGUGGUAUUUCGGCUCCGGCUCCAUCGGUGAAGGCCUCGUCGAUCGGCAGCUCCACAGAUGUUGCUACUAUUGCUACUGCUACUAACCCGGCCACAACCGGCGCUGUUCAGCCCUCCACAACGGCUGAUGCUAAACCCACCACCACGACUGCCGUUAAGCCUACCACCACAGUUGCUGCUCAGCCUACUACUACUUUCGCCACUAGUGCCCGUCAAUCGGCUACUUCUACCGAGGUGCCAGUCGCUACCAGCGCCGCAGCUACCCCUGGUGCUGCCAUGCCUUUCCCCACAGAUAGUGCUGCGGAUGUCUUGGCCUGGAUCCAGGCCAUCUUCGGCAACUUGGCGGGUAACUAA